GUCUCUUUCUCUCCUGCAAUUUACUGGGAUAUGGAUCCUUCCUCGCCGGCUUGUGGGCUGUGCCUUGGCUACCCGUGGGCCCUGAACCUCAUCCCCUCUCUUUAGAUCCGAAUCUGGGCUGCUCGGCGUAAAAUCGUUCAUCCGCUAAUUCUCCCCAGUACUUGGAAUCUGAUCCAUCCUCCCUAAUCCCAUUGGUCCUCCCCCUAAUAACCCAUAUUCAGACCCUAAAACAAUGGGCUGACUCCUGCCUCCUUGCCAAGGGUCCAGGAUACCUCCCCAACAAUAACAAAGAUACUCUCACACAUUUCCCCACUAUAACCCCUCUCCUGGGCGUACCCCAGUCCAGUCUCCAUUUCUUCUUAUAACAAAUCUGGGAUCCCAGAUCGGUGGCACCUCAGAACGAACCCUUUUCUUUCUCAUCUGGCUUCUCCAGCGAAUCCUACCCAUGCCCUCCAUCUAUAGGUCCCCAGCCUGGGAGAAGAUGGCCCUGCGACCCCGGAGGGGCCUGGUCCCAGCUCUGCUCUGGGGCCUGAGCCUCUUCUUCAGCCUCCCAGGUCCAGUUUGUCUCCAGCCCUCUCCUGCUCCCCAGUCUUCGCCCCCAGCUGAGCCCCAUCCAUGCCAUACAUGCCGGGGACUGGUCGACAGCUUCAACAAGGGCUUGGAGAGGACCAUCCGGGACAACUUUGGAGGUGGAAAUACUGCCUGGGAGGAAGAGAAAUUGUCCAAAUACAAAGACAGUGAGACCCGCCUGGUGGAGGUGCUUGAGAACGUGUGCAGCAAGUCAGACUUUGAGUGCCACCGCCUGCUGGAGCUGAGUGAGGAGCUGGUGGAGAGCUGGUGGUUUCACAAGCAGCAGGAAGCCCCAGACCUCUUCCAGUGGCUCUGCUCAGAUUCCCUGAAGCUCUGCUGCCCUUCAGGAACCUUCGGGCCGUCCUGCCUGCCCUGUCCUGGGGGCGCAGAGAAGCCCUGUGGUGGCUACGGGCGUUGUGAAGGGGAAGGGACUCGAGGGGGCAGCGGGCACUGUGACUGCCAAGCCGGCUAUGGGGGUGAGGCCUGUGGCCAGUGUGGCCUUGGCUACUUUGAGGCGGAGCGCAACGCCAGCCAUCUGGUAUGUUCGGCUUGUUUUGGCCCCUGUGCCCGCUGCUCGGGACCCGAAGAAUCGAACUGUUUACAGUGCAGGAAGGGCUGGGCCCUGCAUCACCUGAAGUGUGUAGAUAUUGAUGAGUGUGGCACAGAGCGAGCCAACUGUGGAGCUGACCAGUUCUGCGUGAACACAGAGGGCUCCUAUGAGUGCCGAGACUGUGCCAAGGCCUGCUUGGGCUGCAUGGGGGCAGGGCCAGGCCGCUGUAAGAAGUGUAGCCCUGGCUACCAGCAGGUGGGCUCCAAGUGUCUCGAUGUAGACGAGUGUGAGACAGAGGUGUGUCCAGGAGAAAACGAGCAAUGUGAGAACACAGAGGGCAGUUACCGUUGUGUCUGUGCCGAGGGCUACAAACAGAUCGAGGGCAUCUGUGUGAAGGAGCAGAUCCCAGAGUCGGCAGGCUUUUUCUCAGAGAUGACGGAGGACGAGCUGGUGGUGCUGCAGCAGAUGUUCUUUGGUGUCAUCAUCUGUGCACUGGCUACUCUGGCUGCCAAGGGUGACUUGGUCUUCACUGCCAUCUUCAUUGGAGCUGUGGCAGCCAUGACUGGCUACUGGUUGUCAGAGCGCAGUGACCGUGUGCUGGAAGGCUUCAUCAAGGGCAGAUAAUCUCUGCCACACCUACAAGAUCUCCCACCCAGGCUGCCCGCAAAAGUCAGGCCUCUCUCCUGCCUAGACACUCAAGGCAGCUUGCUUUAUUUUUGAGAAUGGGAUAGGCACCCCCUACCCACCUCUGGAGCAGCCUAGGCACUCAGGCCUGGGCAGGUGAUGCCCAUGGGGGUGAGGAAAUAGCCCUAAAAGGUAGAUGGCAUAAGAUCUUGGCCUUGUGGGGACCGAGCAGACUUCACAAUGUGUGUGGAUUUUUUAAAGUGUCUCCUUAUGGUGGCUGCUAGUGAGCUUUGGCCUCUGCCCAGGAUGAGCAGGGAGGUCGGUCCCUGCAGGGGAGGGCCCAACACACUCACCUCCUGCCAGCUGCAUGCUGCCAGCCCCUGUUUGGUAUUCACCCCACCACUCCCUCAGCCACUGAUUUAUUUAUUCAUCUCAGGAAAUAAAGAAAGGUCUUGGAAAAUGGAGAAACUUCAGUGUUACUACCUGCUCCCCACCCACCAUGGGUUGGUCUAAGCUACUGAGCCCACCCCUACCCUUGGGGAAGUUUUCUAAAACCCCGGGAAAUUGAGGGCUACCCUGAUGGAGAGGUAGAGGGAGGAAAGAGGAGAGACUUGGCGCUGAAGUAGCGUUAGGAGAAGGGAGAUGGAUGCAGGCUUACAGGUGAAACUUUCUGGGUUCGUACCAGCUAUUAUUUGGGUCAGAGGACCCUGGAAAAAAAUGACUUUCAUCUCUGAACUUCACUAUUCUCAUCUAUAAAAUGGGCAUGAUAACGCUUUCCACUCAGGCUUAUUAUGAUAAAUAAGGUGAAGAAAGUGAAGAGCUGAAGACUGUACAACAAAUAGUAGAUGUUCAAUAAAAUAUUGGUAGCCUUAUUUCUAAAACUGCUAAAGGUCCAGUGCCCUUUCUUUAGGCAAUCCCCCUUUAUCCAACACAUACUGGACUUGGAAUUAUUGGGGGGUGGGCCUCCUACCUCUCCUCUGAAGAGGAUCCUGGCGUGGCCAGAGGGAGGCAUGAGCCAAGUCCUAAGGGUUUAUUUCUUUGGCACAAAGAGGACAGUCAAUCUAGACAAGCGAGCCUCAUCCCUCCACAAUGGGAUGUGUUUG